AGAGAAGAAGAGAAGAAGAGAAGAUCGACGACAAUGGGAAAGAAGAAGAGGAGAGAGAGAACCGAAACCGAUGCUGAGAAUGGAGAAGAGAAGAACGAGCUAAAAAAUGGAGCAAACGUUAAGCUCAUCAAUGGAGACGCAGAAGGAAACAAAGAGGAGAAAAAGAAGAAGAAGAGAAAGCAGGAGAACAAUAACGACACGACCAAGGAGAUACCAACAGUCAGCAUCGCUGUGUCUGGCUCCAUCAUCGAUAACGCACAGUCGCUCGAACUGGCGACUCGAUUGGCUGGUCAGAUAGCUCGAGCUGCUACCAUUUUUCGAGUCGAUGAGGUGAUAGUAUUCGACAAUAAGAGUGUUUCGGUAGAUGAUUCUAGUCGUACGACAGCAGGGGAUGCUGAUGGCAGUGAAACUGGUGCUCCAUUUCUUGUAAGGAUAUUGCAGUAUCUCGAGACACCUCAGUAUCUAAGACGAAAUCUCUUCCCUUGGCAUAACAGCUUAAGAUUUGUGGGAUUGUUGCCACCUCUUGAUGCUCCACACCAUCUACGCAAGCAUGAAUGGGCUCCUUAUCGGGAAGGUCUAACAUUGACGGAGAAAGCUAGAGACUCUAUGAAAACACUAGUUGAUGUUGGUCUAAGUAAGAAUGUUGUCAUUGACCAAGUAAUUGAUCCUGGAAUUCGGGUUACUGUAGCUAUGGGAAGCAACCGCCAUUUGGAACAAGAUUAUUACAAAGUUGUGAAAUCGUCUGAGCCUAGGGAAAUGGGAUUUUACUGGGGUUACAAAGUGCGAUAUGCUUCCAAUAUCACCUCUGUGUUCAAGCAAUGCCCAUAUGAGGGUGGAUAUGAUCAUACGAUUGGAACAUCAGAGCAUGGUCUCAUUGUUAAUUCAUCUGAGCUCACUCUACCUAAAUUCAGGCACUUGUUGAUUGCUUUUGGUGGACUUGCUGGGUUAGAGGAAAGCAUUGAAGAAGACAGUAAAUUAAUGGGAAAAGAUGUGCAUCAGGUUUUUCAUUCAUACCUAAAUACAUGUCCUCAUCAAGGGAGUAGAACAAUCCGAACUGAGGAAGCCAUUUUCAUAUCCCUGCAGUAUUUUCAGGAACCAAUUAACCGUGCAGCGCAGAGAUUUGAACAUCAGAAUCUGUCUAAUCCAUGAUAUUGAGUGCACAGAAUUGAUGAAUCCAAUGACAUGAUCCCUAGUGUACCAUGAUGCCCACCAUUUGUGGGGAGAAGUCAGCUUUGAUCUUCCUCCCCCAAACAGACAAACCCAGGAGAAUAUGAAGAGAAGAAUGAUGGGUUUGAAAUAUUUCUUGUGGAAGCAUCCUGAUUCAACAAGAUGGGCUCCCUUGUAGGCUGGGUAAUUGCUUUUUUUUCCCUACUAAAAUAGACAUUGCAUUUGAAUAUUUUUGGAACUAUGCACUUUGGAUAUGCAAUAUAAGGCCUGGGUCUUUGUAUUUAGAUGUCUGUUGCUCCUUUCUUUGUGGUUUUAUA